AUGUCUCAGAUACAGACAGAGCAACGGAAGAAAACGGUUAGCAUCCAGAAAAGGGAACGAAAAUGUUCGGUGAAGUUUAUCAAUCCGUUUGAUAGAAAAUAUAAUGCUGCUGUAAAAGCGUACUUCAACUACAUGGAACGGCUACACUUGAUUCUAAAAGAGAAAGAGACAAAAAUUUUUAAGAUUCUUCAUGAUCGAACCAGUCCUCUUUGGUUCCAAGAGCUAACUGACAAGCAAUGCACAUUAUGUGACCAAUUGUUGGAUGCUAUCAUAGAUGACACCGACGAGAGGACAUUUCAUCGUACGCAAGAAAUUCUCAAAAACCUUGGCGUUUAUCCUUCAUGCCCGAGGAGAGUCCUCCGCACGGCCCUGAUCCUUUGUAAUCGAAAUGAUAUAUCUUUUGUGUGGAUUUUGCUGGAACUGCAUUUCAUACGCCGACCCGCUAAGGAAGUCGCUGGUCGAGAAAAAGAUUAUUCAAUUAACGAGCGUUUGCUUCUAUCUGCGAUUGCCCAUUUGGAUAUGAUGACCACGUUGCGGGGUCUGGAGAAAGUGUUGCCCCCAAAGAAAAAAUCUUUAGAUUUGAAACCAGAAGACCGAACGAAUCGCCCAAAAACGUUGAGCAAGUGCCCGAAAUCUCCUUAUAUGAACCGACAAAAAGUGUUGGUAACGGGGUAUACUGUACCGAUCCAAGUUCAGCCCCAUCGAGAUGACUUUUUGGGUCGUUACGAGAAAUAUCGAGAUCCGGAAUUUAUCAUUCGUAAUGAAGAAUCUCGCUGGUUUUCAAAACGAAACGGAUCCCAGCGGAACUUGUUCUCUUCCGAAUACUACUUUUACUCUGAGGAACCAGAGGAUACAACCUCGACGACUAGCGUAAAAUCGAGCACCAGCGCGAGCAUUGUUGUGAAAGCUCUCUUGGACGAUCAUAUUAGAAAUAUGAUCACGCAAAUCGAAUGCUGCGAGCUGCUGUGUCCGAAACACCACGAGGUAGAUUCACAAGGCAUGAAGUUGCUUCAAAUUCUAAAGCGUGACACACCGGCUCAAAGUGUCCUUAUGCAAGCUGUGCGUGCGCAAUGUGCGCAGUGGACAGAGGAAGAAUUACGGGCGGAUAGUAAGCGACAAGUUGAAUCCUUGCUUAAGCGUCUCAUUAACGAAGCCGUAACGAUGGCCGUUAUUGAACCGGCCAGCGAAUGCCCGGAAUGCCUUAAGCGCUUCGACAUGCAGAAAAAGCUGCUGAAGGGACAAAAGUGCACCUGUGUAGAAACUGAUAGCUUGGACACAUUGGUUACGGAAUCUAUGACCAAUCUAAACAAACGUUACUUCCGAUUUUGCGAUAAAUCUGUGGCGUUUGAAUUUGACUACGAUAAAAUUCUCGACAACGAUACUCGUAGAGAACCAUCUUGUCCCAUCAAGGGUGCCAUUCAGCGCGCACUUGGAGUAGAACAAACCGAAAGCCGGGCAGACGUUGAUCGUGCGAUCGAGAAGUUUACGAAGAUGACUUGGGAUCAAGAGAUUAAGCAUUGGAAUGAUCAGAUGGCACAAGACAACAAAAAGGAUACCACGUGCGAAAACACGGACCCUUUGGAAGUAGAUUACAUUGAUACGAAGGAUUUGUCCGUUUUGCAAAAUCUUUUAAAACGUGCACUACGUAAGUUAGCAGAACAACCGAUGUACUUGUUAGCCACCUUUCCCGACGUAGAUAAAUUGCCUAUUUUAAUCGCGUGGAUACGAAAACGUUACGACGUGCCAGUGUGCGCUCCAGAGCGAGGAAUGAGCUUAUUGGAGAGCAAACACUUUUGGAAUUGUCUCAUACCAUACGCCACUCAUAUGCGUUGGCCUACGAGAAAGGACACUGGGUUACAAGAAGCCGUUACCUGGGAUUACAAGACCAGGCUGGAAUCGAUGACUGAUAAGCUGAUGUACAAAUUUUACAGAAAAUUCAAAAAUGUACAAAUACAAGAAGGGCGCCUUUUGUGGACCAGCAUGGUUCCUUAUCAUGCAGGAGCCGAUAGGUUUCGCCGAACGUUUUCGGCAUACUUUCCGAAUUGCGAACCGGAUGUUUUGCCUCUAGUGCACCCCUGGCGAUCAUUUGAAUAUCGAUCGAUGACAAAGCUUUAA